AUGUAUCUUCUUGUCUUCAAAUCCGUUACUUCCGUUCAAAUCACCUUGACCAGAUACAGAGCGUACGCUUUUGUAAGAAACAACCUGAAGGAUUGCGUACUCUUGUACGCGGUGCGCAACGAGCUUGCUGAUCGCCCACACGGCGUACUUGAUCUCAUGAUGAGUGUUUGGCGCGCAUCAGGACAUAUGUACGGUUUGUGUGAGAGUUCGAACAGCAUUGUCCCCGAUUUCGGGACCAUGAGAUAUCGAUCACCAAGACGAUCUGCGUCCGGUCCGCUGGCCACCCUUAAAGUUUUCGUGGGAGGGAAAGGCAUCCAAAAAAGCAAACGCGUCGUUGAUACACCGCUUGAUCAUCUAUCGAUUGGAGAAUUUUCGCUGGAGGAAGUUCAUGAACCGUCGACACUGGCAAUCUUUAUCAUCACUACUUACCUCAAUUACAACGAAAUCACAAUUCUAAAGAGCCGAUUCGCUACCCCGGCGCUCAAGCUCGAGCGGUGA